UCGGGCUCAGAUCUUCUGUACAUGAACAGCAGAUCCAGGCCAGAGGUGGUAUCAUGUCUGGGUGGAGGGAUCUCAUCUGUGUCAGCUUUUUGCUGACCAUUCUUCUUGAACUGACAUACCAGGGACCUCCUGUCCCCCCUUCAUCAAGCACAAAGCUGUUAAUGACAAGCUAUUCUGUGCGCUCCACGGUGGUGUCUCGCUAUGCCCACACCUUGGUCACCUCUGUCCUGUUCAAUCCACAUGCUGAAGUCCAUGAAGCCAUCUUUGACCUGGAUCUGCCUCAUCUUGCCUUUAUCUCCAAUUUCACUAUGACCAUCAACAGUGAAGUCUACAUUGCAGAAGUCAAAGAGAAACACCAGGCAAAGAAAAUCUAUGAAGAAGCCCAUCAGCGGGGAAAAACAGCUGCUCACGUAGGCAUCAGGGACCGGGAAUCAGAGAAGUUCCGCAUCUCCACCAGCCUGGCAGCAGGCACAGAGGUGACUUUUUCCCUGGCCUAUGAGGAACUGCUUCAGCGGCACCAGGGCCAGUACCAGCUGGUGAUGAGCCUGAGGCCUGGCCAAUUGGUGAAGAGGCUGAGCAUAGAGGUUACAGUGUCAGAAAGGACAGGCAUCUCCUAUGUGCACAUACCACCCCUGAGGACCAGCCGCCUGCGCACCAACACCCAUGCAAGUGAGGUGGAUUUACCCCCAUCCACCAAGAUCGAGAGGGGAGAGACCUGUGUUCGAAUCACCUACUGCCCGACAUUGCAAGACCAGUUGGCCUUCUCUGGCUCAGGCAUCAUGGCCGACUUCCUGGUGCAGUACGAUGUGGUCAUGGAGGACAUUAUUGGAGAUGUGCAGAUUUACGAUGGCUAUUUCGUUCACUACUUUGCCCCUAGAGGCCUUCCACCUAUGGAGAAGAAUGUGGUUUUUGUUAUUGAUGUAAGCGGCUCCAUGUUUGGUACCAAGAUGAAGCAGACUAAAAAGGCCAUGAAUGUGAUUCUCAGUGACCUUCGAGCCAAUGACUACUUCAACAUCAUCUCCUUUUCUGACACAGUUAGUGUCUGGAAAGCUGGAGGCUCAAUCCAGGCCACCACCCAGAAUGUCCACAGUGCCAAGGACUACCUGCAUCGCAUGGAAGCUGAUGGUUGGACCGACAUCAACUCAGCUCUGCUGGCAGCUGCUUCAGUGCUGAACCAUAGCAACCAGGAGCCUGGGAGGGUCCCCAAUGUGGGAAGGAUCCCUCUUAUCAUCUUCCUCACAGAUGGGGAGCCCACAACCGGCGUGACGACCCCCAGUAUGAUCCUCUCCAAUGUCCGUCAGGCGCUAGGCCACAGGGUAUCCCUUUUCAGCUUGGCCUUUGGGGAUGAUGCUGACUUUACACUGCUGCGCCGCCUUUCCCUGGAAAACCGGGGAAUAGCCCGGCGCAUAUACGAGGGCACUGAUGCGGCCCUACAGCUGAAGGGCCUCUAUGAGGAGAUCUCCAUGCCUCUGCUGGCAGAUGUGCGUCUGGACUACCUGGGCGGCUUGGUUGGGGCCUCCCCUUGGGCUGUUUUCCCCAACUACUUUGGUGGCUCAGAGCUGGUGGUGGCAGGCCAGGUGCAGCCAGGCAAACAGGAGCUGGGCAUCCACCUGGCAGCCCGUGGCCCCAAGGAUCAGCUUCUUGUGGCCCGUCACAGUGAAGGGGCCACCAACAAUAGCCAGAAGGCAUUCGGUUGCCCAGGGGAGCCAGCCCCAAAUGUGGCCCACUUCAUCCGCCGCCUCUGGGCCUAUGUCACCAUUGGAGAGCUGCUGGACGCACGCUUCCAAGCUCGUGAUGCCACCACUCGCCACCUGCUGUCUGCCAAAGUCCUCAACCUGUCCCUUGAAUACAGCUUUGUCACACCUCUGACUUCACUGAUAAUGGUGCAACCCAAAGAGGCCAGUGAGGAAACCAGGAGACAGAUCUCCACCACAGCUGGGCCAAACACCAUAAUGCCCUCAUCCAGCAGCAAGCAUGGCCUAGGGGUAAGCACAGCUCAGCCAGCCUUGGUGCCCAAGGUUAUCUCCCCCAAAUCAAGGCCUGUAAAACCAAAGUUCUACUUAUCCUCAACUACUACAGCCUCUACCAAGAAGAUGCUCAGUUCCAAAGAAUUGGAGCCAUUGGGAGAGAGCCCUCGUACCCUACUGACACCCACAUACCCAAAGGCCAAAACUCCAGCACAACAGGAUUCUGGCACUUUGGCCCAGCCAACUUUCAGGACAAAACCUACUGUUCCUGUACCCUCAAAUUCUGGUGCUCUGUUGCCUCCGAAGCCCAGCACUCCAUCACACCAGAAUCCUGAUAUAUUACCCGUGAACUCCAGGACACAAGUCCCAACUCUGAAACCUGGCAUCCCGGCCUCUCCCAAAGCUAGCACUGUGAAACAUGUUACUCCACUGCAUUCCAAACCUGGUGCUCCAUCACACCCCCAACUUGGGGCACUCACAUCACAGUCACCUAAAGGCCUGCCACUGUCAAGACCUGGCAUCUCUACACUUCAGGUUCCCAAGUACCCACCAAACACCAGGCCUAGGGUUCCUCCUGCUCCCAAGACCCAAAACAACAUGCCACACCCCAGACCUGGGUUCCUCUUAUCCAAGACCCCUAAAAUCUCAUUAUCUCUUAAACUGAGUGCCCCACCACACCAAAUUUCCACAAGCAUACCACUUUCCAAGCCUAAGACCCCAAGCCCCCACAUUCCCCAAACUCCACUACCUCCUAGACCUGACAGACCGAGACCCCCACCUCCUGAGAGCCUAAGCACAUUCCCAAAUACAAUCUUAAGUUCCACAGGUCCCAGCAGUGCCACAAUCACCUCUGUCCUUGGUGAACCCCUCCCCAUGCCCUUUGCCCCCACUCAGCCCCCUGGAAGGUUCUGGCAUCAGCAUGACCUGCUGCUGGGUCUCCAGAAGACCAGGCAAAUUCUGGGACCAUCUAUGCCAGGAGUUCCAACAAUGAGCCUACUCAACAGCUCCAGGCCUGCAACAGAAGGCAGCCCUCCAAACCUGCCAAUCUUGCUGCCUUCCAGCAACCUCCCUGAGGCCAUCAGUCUGCUCCUUCUCCCUGAGGAGCUAGUGCUGCUGUCUGAGUCAACAGUGGAAUCCAAGUUUGUGGAGUCCUUGAACCCACCAGCAUUCUAUACCUUCCUCACUCCUGAUGCAAACGGAAGUCCAAACUGGGAUGAUGAUUCUGAGGAGAUCCUGGGAGCAGCUGGAGGCAGCAUGGAAUCUCAAGGACAUUCUGUGGGGUUAGCAAAAGGCGCAUUGCCUACUGUCUUCACCUUCUCCUCCUCAGUGGACGGGGACCCCCACUUUGUGAUCCAAAUCCCACACUCAGAAGAGAAGAUCUGCUUCACACUGAAUGGGCACCCUGGGGACUUGCUACAGCUCAUAGAGGACCCAAAGGCAGGGCUGCAUGUGAGUGGGAAGCUGCUUGGUGCACCACCAAGGCCGGGCCACGAGGACCAGACUCGCACCUACUUCCAGAUCAUCACAGUCACUACAGACACACCCAGGGCCUCCACUAUCACCAUCAGCCGCAGUUCUAUAUCUUUGCGAGGCGAGAGUACCUUGCGCCUGUCCUGGGACCGACCUGCCAUGCUGAAGAGGCCCCAGCUGGAGCUCUAUGUGGCUGCUGCAGCCCGCCUUACCAUCCGCCUUGGGCCCUACCUUGAGUUCCUGGUCCUCCGGCACCGCUACAGACAUCCGAGUACCCUGCAACUACCCCAUCUGGGGUUCUACGUGGCCAAUGGCUUGGGCCUCAGCCCCUCAGCCCGUGGCCUGAUGGGGCAGUUCCAGCACGCAGACAUCCGACUGGUGACAGGACCUAUGGGGCCACACUUACGAAGGCACCAGGGCCCUGAUGUGCCUGUGAUUCUAGGCAAGAGGCUGCUGAAGGACUCACCAAGGCUGCUGCCCCGCUGGGCUUCCUGCUGGCUGGUGAAGCGCUCUCAUGUAGAGCAGCUUCUGGGUCACCCCUACCUCUCCUAUGUCCUGUAAUGGCAGAGCCGGGAGACCUGAAUUUGGGAGAUCCAGAAACCAGGGCAUGGGGUGAGCCAGACACAGAGACCCAAGGAUAUGGAAGCACAUACAGGGAUACACAGACUCCCGCAUGUUCUAAGGAACACAUAUAUAAGGGUAUACAAACACACAGACAUGCAGAGGCCUAGAGUCAGAAACCCCUGCAUCUUCAUGGUCCGUCAUGUGUCCAGUCUCACUCCCUCCGAAUCCAAGAUCCACAUCAGCUUUACAAGUCACUUUUGUAAAACAAAAAACAGUCAGUAGUUCUGCUCACAACUUUCCCUAACUCCUAUGUAUUUAAGGCUCUUAGAGUUUCCCUAACAAACCACGCUCACUCCUACCACUGGACCACCAUUGCAUGUGCUUUUCCUUCCGCAUGAGACAUGCUUCCUUUGUUCCUGCAGGUGAAUGUAAUUCAUCCCUCAAGUCCUAGUUAUUACCUCCUCUAGGAGGCCUUUUCUGAUGCCUGCCCUAGAUUGAGUUUGGUCCUGUCUUCUGGGUUCCUAUAGCCCCCCGCCCUCUAAGCUCACAGCACUUAUACUGUGUAGUAAUCAUCUGUUUACUUGUCUUCGAUACCUGACUUAGACUGUGAGCUCUUUGAGGGCAAGGACCUUUUCUGAAUCAUCUAUGUAGCCCAGUGCCUCUCACAUAAUAGGUGCUUAGUAAAUAUUUGUUAAAAGAAUGAAUUAAUUAAUUAACAAAAAAGGAUCCCAUAACAUAGCAGUAGACACACAUAUAUACACACUCACAACCAAAGACAGGAUCACACCCAGAAAAACAGUGGCAAGGACAGAGAUAUGGUUGGAGAAUAGAGGGACAGACUUAUGGAAACACAGGAAUCACAAAACAAACAUGGACAUAGGAGUAUAGAGACAUCAAAAGAUGGGGGCAGGGAGCCAGAAUGGCAGCGUCAGGGACAUAAACUCAGAGAAAAAUGAAGAGAUGCUCUCUUGCUG